GCAUAACUCACGCGCUGAAACUUCCGCCCCGGUCGCCGAGAGCUAAGUUCUGUGCGGCCCGAGAAGCCGGUCAGGUGGCGACGCUGCAGGCCUAUUAUUGCCAAGGUUUCGAACUGGGGUUUUCCGGCGGGAUUUGGAGCUCGGGGCCUCUCGUGAUCUACCGUCGUAGAGAACCUAGGGCGUCUGGCAAGGCGGACGUAGCUGGUUUCGGGACCUAGGCACUCUGGGGGCCAUGGCUAUGGCUGCGGGUCCGAGCUCCCAGGAGCCGGAAGGGCUCCUGAUAGUGAAACUGGAGGAGGACUGCACCUGGAGCCAGGAGGUACCCCCGCCUGACCCCCAGCCCAGCCCAGAGGCCUCCCAUCUGCGUUUUCGACGGUUCCGCUUUCAAGAGGCCUCUGGUCCCCGAGAGGCGCUUAGCCAGCUUCAGGAGCUUUGCCAUGGCUGGCUGCAGCCGGAGAUGCGCACCAAGGAGCAGAUACUGGAGCUCUUGGUGCUGGAGCAGUUCCUGACCAUCCUUCCCCAGGAGAUUCAGAGCCGGGUGCAGGAGCUGCGCCCAGAGAGCGGCGAAGAAGCAGUGACCCUUGUGGAGCGUAUGCAGAGAGAACUCGGGAAACUGAGGCAACAGGUCACAAACCAAGGGCGGGGAGCAGCAGUGCUUUUGGAGGAGCCUUUGCCGCUGGAAACAGCACGAGAGUCACCGAGCUUCAAGCUGGAGCCAAUGGAGACUGAGCGAAGCCCUGGCCCCAGGCUGCAGGAGCCGCUAGACCCCAAGGGGGACCCCCAGGCUGUAAAGGAGAGGGCAUUGUCUGCUCCCUGGCUCUCUGUCUUUCCUCCAGAAGGGCAUGUGGAAGAUAAGGAUGUGCCUGGGCCCCAGUUGCCCGAGAGCUUCGAGGACAUGGCGAUGUAUCUCUCUCAGGAGUGGGGCCACCAGGACCCUAGUAAGAGAGCCCUCUCAAGGGACAUGGUGCAAGAUAGCUGUGAGAGCAUGGGCGCCCUAGAGCCUUGCGUUGCCGGUCAGGAGGUCUUAAGCACCCAGGUGGAAGAAGGAGGGACGCCAUGGGAUCCGAGUGUCCAGAGUUGCAAGGAAGGGGUGAGCCUCAGAAACCCAGUUCCAGGGGUAGAGAAGUUUGAGACCCUAGAAGGAAAUGUUGAGUCUGUUUCUCCCGAAAGUACGGAUCAUCCGGUGCUGCUGGCUGGCCAGGCCAGGAGGGAGGUGCCCUGGAGUCCUGAGCAGGGAAGGCCUGAUGACAGAGAAGAGGGACCCUGGGAAUGUCCCUCAGGAGACAAGAUAGAGGAGUCCUUAGUGGGAACCACGGCUUCUAGGGGACUGCUGCAGCCAAAGGACCAGCCCAAGAAACUCCAUUUGUGUGCCUUGUGCGGCAAGAACUUUUCUAAUAACUCAAACCUCAUGAGGCACCAGAGGAUCCAUGCUGCCGAGAAGCUGUGUAUGGGUGUGGGGUGUGGGGAGGGCUUUGGUGGCCAUCCGCAUUUUCUCUCGCUGCACAGAACACACAUGGGAGAGGAAGCCCAUAAGUGCCUUGAGUGUGGAAAGUGCUUCAGUCAGAAUACCCACCUCACCCGCCACCAGCGCACGCACACGGGCGAGAAGCCCUACCAGUGCAGCGUGUGUGGGAAAAGCUUCUCUUGCAACUCCAACCUCCACAGACACCAGAGGACACACACCGGGGAGAAGCCCUACAAGUGCCCUGAGUGUGGGGAGAUCUUUGCCCACAGCUCCAACCUGCUUCGCCACCAGCGGAUCCACACCGGGGAGAGGCCCUAUCGGUGCCGUGAGUGUGGGAAGAGCUUCUCUCGGAGUUCACACCUUGUCAUUCAUGAAAGAACCCAUGAGAAGGAGAGACUCGACCCUUUCCCCGAGUGUGGGCAAGGCAUGAGUGACAGUCCUCCCUUUCUGACAAACCACGGAGCUCACAGGGUGGAGAAGAGACUCUUCGAAUGUUCAACUUGUGGGAAGAGUUUCCGACAGGCCAUGCACCUGACGAGACAUCAGCGAACACACACAGGAGAAAAACCGUAUAAGUGUACCCUUUGUGGGGAAAGAUUCUCCCACAGAUCCAACUUGAUCAGGCACCAGAGAAUUCACACAGGAGAAAAGCCCUAUACCUGUCACGAGUGUGGAGACAGUUUCUCUCACAGUUCCAACCGGAUUCGUCACCUGAGAACCCACACAGGAGAGAGACCAUAUAAGUGUUCCGAAUGUGGAGAAAGCUUCUCCCGGAGCUCACGCCUCACAAGUCAUCAGAGAACUCACACUGGUUAGAAACAAGAGGUUUCUUUUUGCCUCAGUUUUGGCAGAAAGUUGUCUUACCCAGAAUUGGUAUUCUUUGCCGUAUCUGGUGUAUCUUGCAGGUAAUUAAUACAAAGAGAAAAUGGGACUUAUUUUAAGGGAGGUGC